GGGGAGGGGAGGGGGAGAGAAGAAAAAAAAGUCAACUUGAAAGUCUUACAAGAUGCCUCGAAGGAAGCAGGAAGCACCUAAACGGGCUGCAGUGUACGUUCCCGAGGAGGACCUGAAGGCCGGAGAGCUGAGGGAGGGAGAGGACGGUAGCCCUUCUGCCGAGGAGCUACAGGGCAACGGUUACAUGUGCGCUGAGGAAGAGGAGGAAGAGGAGGAAGGAAGCAAAGGCAGUUACAGCUACCAGAACUCUCCAGCCAGUGUCCUGUCCAACCAGGACCCUGAGUGUGACUCGCACUUAAGUGACACCAGCGACAGGUUAGCUGACUUCAAGAGUACUUCCUCCAAAGAUGGGCAGGAGAAGGAAGAGGAACCCAAUGGAGAGCUGAAGAACGGACAGCAAAACAGUCUGGGAGCAAUGCGGGCUGUGUACGCCAGCUUCCUGUCCGACUCCUACUGGUCAAGUCUGGGGUUUGACCUCAAGCAAUCAAAGACUGAAAGGACGAGCUGUAAAAGCAGCAACGAAAGCACCAAGAGUAGUUUCGAUUGGCACCAAGACGCGCUAUCCAAAACACUGCAACAGACUUCCUCAGUCAGGCCAGUGCCUAAGCCAAAUCUCUUCAGCUCCGUACAGUUGUACCGACAGAACAACAAGUUGUUCGGGACUGUUUUCACCGGCGCCAGUCGGUUUCGCUGCAGAGAAUGUAGCGCCGCUUACGACACUCUGGUAGAGCUCACCGUGCACAUGAACGACACAGGGCAUUACCAAGACAACAAUCUCAAAAAGAGCAGCAACAACACCAGCUGCUGGUCCAAGACACGGAAAAGGGCCUUGCAGGAACUGGAGGGGAAGGGCGACGCACAGAAGGUUUUAAAGUGCAUGUACUGUGGCCACUCGUUCGAUUCCCUUCAAGACUUGAGCGUUCACAUGAUUAAAACGAAACAUUACCAGAAAGUGCCUCUGAAGGAACCGGUGCCAGCCAUUGCGUCCAAGCUCGCCCCUCCCCACAAGAAACGCUCGCAGCACGAAGUGCACCAGCCGUGUUCGCCGGACUCGACCACCGGCGUGGCGGGGGCGUUCGCAACGGACGCCCAGAAGAAUUCCAACCCCUACGGGUCGUCCAACAAUCGCUACGGUUACCAGAACGGCGCCAGCUACACCUGGCAGUUUGAGGCGUGCAAGUCCCAAAUCCUGAAGUGCAUGGAGUGCGGGAGCUCACACGACACCCUGCAGCAGCUCACCGCGCACAUGAUGGUCACGGGGCACUUCCUUAAAGUGACCAACUCCGCUUCCAAAAAGGGCAAGCAGAUCGUCUUCGACCCGUUGGCGGCAGAGAAAGCGCAGAGCGCAGCUGAGGGAUCGUCCGACGAAAUCCAGUCCCUGGCGCCCGUCGGUCGGUUGCCCCCGGACUCGCUGACGGCCUCGAUGCAGGAAGAUAAGAAAGAUCAGGAGGAGAAGCAAGAGGUGGCGGAGGAGGCAGAGGUGAAACACAAAGACAAAGACGACUGCAAGGACGACGGCUCGGAGACAAUGUUCGAUCCCACUCUGCAGUAUCAGUACAUUAGAGAGGAGGAUCUGGAAGAAAGCUCAAAGGGAGGCGGCGACAUUCUCAAAUCGCUAGAAAACACAGUGACUUCGGCUAUCAACAAAGCCCAAACUGGGAGCCCAAGCUGGAGUGCGUAUCCGAGCAUUCAUGCCGCCUACCAGCUCCCCGGAGUUAUCAAGCCAUCAAUGCAGCUCGGGACUCAGAUACUGCAAGUUAAACCAAACCUGAAGCCAAUCGCUCCAAAAGUCCGUUACUUCUCGGUGAUAACCAGCAGCCAGAACCAAACCCUUCCGUCCAACAGUGAGCAGGUCAAGGAAGAACCAAGUAGCCCAGCUCACAAGCAGCAGCUUUCAUCCAAGCAGGAAGAAAGCCAGAGUGAGAAAAAGGAAACUAAGCCAAGUCUCCAGUCUGGGGGCGUUUCGCCCUGCAAGAAAGACAGCGACAACCCGGUAAAAGCCGAACCGCCCGGCGAUGUGUCGAGGACGGACUCUCCGUGUUUAAAAGAUGCCGAAGACGUAAAGGAAAGCUUCAAAAAAGAGCCCGUGAGGAGCGGCACCAAGUCUCCGAGUUUUUCUGUAAGCAACGGGUGCUCUGGAAUGACUGUUAUCACAGAUCACCCAUCGGAACAGCUUUCUGUCAGCCCGCUUAGUGCAUUGCAGUCCAUCAUGAACACACACCUCGGCAAAGCUGCCCGGCCUCUCAACUCGAACCCAGACCCUGUAACUAUGUUGUGUAGACUCAAUAAAAGCUUGAUGGAGAAAUCAGCUUCACCACCAAGUCUAAUCAAACCAUCCAGUCUCACUGACCGAUAUUAUUAUGAAAGCAGCGAUCAGCCCAUGGAUCUCACCAAAUCGAAGAGCAGCAAAACUGCCUCAUCAAACCAAGUGAGGUCCUUUCCUUCAAUACCAUCCAAGCAUGCUCUGUCUGAUAUUGCUGACAUGGUGAAGAUCCUCCCGAAAGGUACAACACCCAAACCGUCUACCUCAUCGAAGAUGACAUCAGAGAGGUUAGAGACGGACGUGAGGAGCUUUGAAGAUGUGUCAGCAGAAUUAUUACCAAUGCAGAAGAGAAAAGGUAGGCAGUCAAACUGGAAUCCCCAGCAUCUCCUUAUUUUGCAGGCCCAAUUUGCUGCCAGUCUAUGGCAAACAGGUGAAGGCAAAUAUUUAUUGUCAGACCUGGGUCCGCAAGACCGUAUGCAUAUUUCAAAGUUUACUGGACUCUCCAUGACUACCAUAAGUCACUGGCUGGCCAAUGUGAAAUAUCAACUGAGGAAGACGGGAGGAACAAAAUUCCUUAAGAAUUUAGACACAGGACAUCCAAUUUUCUACUGCAAUGAUUGUGCCUCUCAGUUUAGGACUCCUUCCACAUACAUUAGUCAUUUAGAAGCCCACCUGGGCUUCAGUAUGAAAGAAAUGGCCAAACUUUCUGUACAGCAUGCCAGAGGGGGGAAAGAAGUGUCAAAGGUCACAACUGAGAAGUCAACAGGGGCGACGGUAGCUGAGGACGACACAGGCGGCAAGUUCCAGUGUAAUCUGUGCAAUCGAACUUUUGCUAGCAAGCACGCGGUAAAAUUGCACCUCAGCAAAACACAUGGCAAGUCACCAGAGAACCACUCGCAGUACGUGACUGAAGUACAGGAAGAGUAGCAACUCAAGGUGAGCACCAAAACCCAGUUGCGAUACUGAUCAAAGACAUCCCAAUUGUUUGAGACACAUCGAACAAGUGAGUGAGUGAGUGAGUGUAAAGUGUAUCAGGUUGGAAAGCGGACCAGUCUAUCCGUCCCUUCCCAUCUGUUCACCCAUUCUUUUUUAAAUCGAUAAUGUAAAAUUUUUGGGCAGGAGCUAACAAUUCCAAGUAAUAAAGAUUGUUGUUAAUCCAUCUGUUCACUCGUGGUCUCGAGUGACUGUUGAG